AUGGAUUCCUCACCGUCCAGAAGCUCGCUGGGCCCAGCGGCCGGUGUCAAGCGGCCUGCUGCCCUGUUGCCUGCAUUUGAACCCUUGAGCUCGUCGCCCUCUCUCCCGAGACCCCAGAAGCGUGUUGCACGCGAACCCGCCGUGUCGACCUACCCUACACCGGUCCCAACCUCCUCGACUCAUAUUAUGUCCUCCUCGCCGCCCGGUAUCUCUGCCUCUCGCCCGUCGGCGCGUCGUACCUUCUCUGCCGCGCCCGAACGUGCUCCAUUGUCCGCCGUCCCUACACUCAUGCUGCCUGAGAACGGUGAACCCCUGCUCAUGGGACGCUCAAGUGCUUCAUGCCAGCACCAGCUAGCUGCUAGCCGUAUGAUCUCUCGUGUUCAUGUGAAGGCCACGUACAAGCCGGCACCGAAUCCCUUCGACCGGGAUAGGGUUGAGAUCAUGUGCAUGGGUUGGAAUGGAAUCAAGAUCCACUGUCAAGGCAAAAAGUAUGACUUGGCCAAGGGAAAGACUUUUACGUCAGAUAUCAAGGAUGCGGACAUUAUGAUUGACGUACACGAGGCUCGUGUUUUGGUGCAAUGGCCUCGCACUGAGAAUGAUAGAAAAGAUUGUCCGUCCACGGACUCUGAACAAACUUGGGAUGAAACUACCCCUACCCAGAAGCGCACCAUGAGAGUACUUCAGGACAGCCCAUUUGUUGAGGGCCAGCGUUUGGCUUCCCCUGUCUCGCCGUCGCCUGCCGUUCAACGUGCUAUCCCUCCAUCCUCGCCCAUCUUUACCCCCUCCCGUGCCCGUGCUCCAGUUGUUGUUUAUGAAGAUGAAGGCUCUCCUUUGAAACGCCACAAUACCACCCGAGACGAGUCAGAUAAUGACGAGGAGAAUGACCCUAUCAUCCAUUCUUUCGGUCCAUUUGGUGAGAACUUGCUUCCUCGUAUGGCUUCUUUCCAUGCCGGUGAUUCUCCCGUUCGCCCGGUCCGCUCACCACGCCUGCUGCCCGCCCAGCCCCUUCAGCCUACCCAGUCUCUACGGCAGCCAUCCACAACCCAGGAUGAGAAGGAAGGUGAUGACCAAACACCGACAAAGGAUCGGUCCCAGCCCGAAAACGAAAGCUUCGAGCGUGUACGCAAUCAUGCUGUGAAUCAGCUUGCUUUCUCCCGUCUAUCCUCGACUCCCUUCUCGACCAUCCUCAACAAUCUUCCCCCGUCCUUUUGGAGAUCAAAUACACACAACCUCUCCGGCCCAGCCCGGGCUGAAAUUCGCUACAUUCUUGAAAACACAAGUUGCAUCGGCAAGGUUGCUCGUGAAGGCAAAGAUGCUGCUGGCAAACCGCUCGAGAGCGAGUACUACUACAUCCCUGACUAUGACGAUGAUGAUAUGCGCCGUGAGACGGUCGUAAAUAACCUGAGGAAGCCCGGUCUGCGUAAUUGCCGCAAGCAGCACAAGCAAUACUUCUGGCGUAAGCCAAAAUGA